ACAUUAUAUUUCUCUCCGUGGUAUCUAGACACAGUGAAUUACAAAUAUAAAACAUUUCAUUUCUCUCGCUGGUAUUUAGACACAGUGAAUUACAAAUAUAAAACAAUUUAUUUCCCACCGUGGUAUCUAGACACACCAAAUUACAAAUAUAAAAUAUUUUAUCUCUCUCCGUGGUAUCUAGACACAGUAAAUUACAAAUAUAAAACAAUCUAUCUCUCUCCGUGGUAUCUAGACACAGUAAAUUACAAAUAUAAAACAUUUUAUCUCUCUCCGUGGUAUCUAGACACAGUAAAAUACAAAUAUAAAACAUUUUAUCUCUCUCCGUGGUAUCUAGACACAGUAAAAUACAAAUAUAAAACAUUUUAUUUCUCUCCGUGGUAUCUAGACACACCAAAUUACAAAUAUAAAACAUUUUAUCUCUCUCCGUGGUAUCUAGACACACCAAAUUACAAAUAUAAAACAUUUUAUCUCUCUCCGUGGUAUCUAGAAAGUAGAAACAGUGAAUUACAAAUAUAA